CUCAUGGCGUCUAGUGACCUCCCCACCUCAGCCUCCCAAAGUGCUGUGAUUACAGGUGUGAGCCACCACGCCAGGCUGAUUUUUGCACCUUACUAUUUACUGACUUCUUGCUUUGUUUAUUUAUCCAUUUAUUAAAGCACAAUUUACAUUCAGCACAACUCACUCCUUUUAAGCGCACAGUUCUGUGGGUUUUGGCAAAACUGAAACAUACAGUCGCGUUGCUGCCGCCAGGAUCGUGAUGCAGAACAGCUGGCCGCCACGUCCCCAGGCCGCUGCGGGACUUCAUUCCUGGCCGCUGUCGGGGCUCUUCCAUGAAACGGAUGGACCCCCCAGAUUGUGUGGGGGCUUGUCUGUUCCCUGACAUGGGGACAGUUGGUUUUUCCCCAGUUUUUGGCAAGUUCAAAUAAUUGAUUUGGGUUUAAUUUGCUCUUUAUCUAGUUUCUUGGAGUAAAAGCUUAGGUUAUUGAUAUUUAGACUUUUUGUUUUAAAAUUUGCUUCAUUGAAAUAUCUACAUGUGAUAGAAUUCACCGGUUUUGUGUGUGCAGUUCAGCAGGUUUUAGUGUUUUCCCACAGCUGGACACGCUUGGCCACAGGCUAAGUUGAGAUCAUUUCCGUCACCCUGGCAAGGACCUCGCGCGGUCCCACUUCCUGCAGCCCUCCCUCCCGCCAGCCGCGCCGUGCUGCCCACGGCCCUCUGAGGCUGUGGCUGUGUCCCCGUGGGUUUUUAAUGUCACCAUGGCACUGUGUGGCGGCACAGCCCUGUCUGACCCAGCUGUGCUGUUGGGGCAGCCCCGGUGAGCUGAGGGAGCAGUGUGCAUAGGUGUGCAUUGCACAUAUGUGCUCAGCCUGGUACCUGCUUGCAGGUGUGUCCUCACAGGUGCGUCCUGAUGGCGUAUGUCUGCAGGUGUGUCCUCACAGGUGCGUCCUCUUGGGUGUAUGUCUGCAGGUGUGUCCUCACAGGUGCGUCCUCAUGGUGUAUGUCUGCAGGUGUGUCCUCACAGGUGUGUCCUCUUGGGUGUACGUCUGCAGGUGUGUCCUCACAGGUGCAUCCUCAUGGUGUAUGUCUGCAGGUGUGUCCUCACAGGUGCGUCCUCUUGGGUGUAUGUCUGCAGGUGUGUCCUCACAGGUGCGUCCUCUUGGGUGUAUGUCUGCAGGUGUGUCCUCACAGGUGCGUCCUCAUGGCGUAUGUCUGCAGGUGUGUCCUCACAGGUGCGUCCUCAUGGCGUAUGUCUGCAGGUGUGUCCUCACAGGUGCGUCCUCUUGGGUGUAUGUCUGCAGGUGUGUCCUCAUAGGUGUGUCCUCACAGGUGUGUCCUCUUGGGUGUAUGUCUGCAGGUGUGUCCUCACAGGUGCGUCCUCAUGGCGUAUGUCUGCAGGUGUGUCCUCACAGGUGUGUCCUCUUGGGUGUACGUCUGCAGGUGUGUCCUCACAGGUGUGUCCUCUUGGGUGUACGUCUGCAGGUGUGUCCUCACAGGUGUGUCCUCAUGGUGUAUGUCUGCAGGUGUGUCCUCACAGGUAUGUCCUCUUGGGUGUACGUCUGCAGGUGUGUCCUCACAGGUACGUCCUCAUGGCGUAUGUCUGCAGGUGUGUCCUCACAGGUGCGUCCUCAUGGCGUAUGUCUGCAGGUGUGUCCUCACAGGUGCGUCCUCACAGGUGCGUCCUCUUGGGUGUAUGUCUGCAGGUGUGUCCUCAUGGGGCAUGUCUGCAGGUGUGUGCCACCAGGAGGGAGUGGGUCUCCAGGCUCUUCCACAAGCCCCCAGCAGUGCGGACGUGACCUCUGUCUGGGCAGAGAUGGGCUGGCCUGGGCGCUGUGCGGGCUGCAGUUUGCCAGGCCUGUACCCACUGUGGGCAUUUGGGCCGAUCCUUCCGGUGGCCUCUUGCCCCGCCGUGUCUGCAGAGCGGGCGCAGGUUGGGGUGGGGAGGGCGUGGCCCCAGCCUGAACUUCCCUGGGCCCUCAGGGCGACCUUCUGGGCUCUGGAAAAUUCGGCAGCUCUGCCUGGUGAGGAGGCUGGAGCUGUGCGGUCUUGUCCCUGAGGGAAGAGUGUAUCCACGUGGUGGCCAGUCUCGGGGGCCCCUGCAGGGUCACCACGGUCCCCUCGGGCUCCUGGUGUCCCCGGGCUCUGAUGAGGGUGACCCGGUAAUUGCUAGAGUGCGCCGCCCGACCGCUGCCGUUCCUGUCCUGGGGGGCACGUGGCCCUGGGCCUGCCUGUGGGGAGGGUCCCCGGGCUCCAGCAGCGCCAGCAUCGUGGGUUUGGGUCUCAGACCCUCCGGUGUGGGGGCUUCACCUGCCCCAGGCCCUCCGCUCCCUGCCCCAGGGUGCGGCCAGCCGGCCUGGUGCGGGGCGGGCUGCGGGGUCGGGGUGCAGCACCAGCGCUGCAGGCUGACGCGCUCUCU